CCAGUGUUUUCAAACUGAUACUUGCCGUAGAUCGACACCUCCUAAGAAUAAGGAAGACAAACCAAAACUAGUUAACCAAGAGGUAUUCCAGAGUGAGACGGCAUCCAGGAAUGAAUUUUGCAACAGGGCUGCCUCAUUUAUUGAAGAGCUUUCAUCCAUUUUCAGGACUGCUUCGAAACAAGAUAGAAAUCUCAACGACAAUUCUUCAUCACCAGAUAGUGGGUAUUUAUCUCCCAAGAACCAAGUGUUACAAGCAAGUACCUCAGCAGAACAGAUUAACAAGCAAACUCCUGUGGAUGAAGGCCUGUCAUCCUGUGGGUCAAAGGCCAAAGCAGAGCACUCUUGGCCUAGCUGUGCCCCCCCUAGCAGCGACAAUAUUAUGGGUUCUUUUGCUCCUCCAAGAUUUACUCAGAAACUGAAAAGUCAGGAAGUGGCAGAAGGAAGACGGGUUCAACUGAUGUGCAGGGCCAGUGGGAACCCAGAGCCUGUAGUCAGAUGGUUCUGUGAGGGGAAGGAGCUGAAGAAUUCUCCUGACAUACAGAUCUGUCAGGAUUAUGAUCUCCACACGUUAGUCAUCAUUGAAGCCUUUGAAGACGACACAGGACGUUACACUUGUGUGGCUGCAAACUCUUUUGGGUCAGACAGUACAUCAGCAGAAGUUUACAUUGAAGGGGCAUCUUCUUCAGAUUCAGAAGGAGAAGGGUCCACGCUGAAAACGAAGCUAGGAGCCAUGCCGCAAGUGCAAAAGAAAACCUCUUCAGUGUCUCUUACGAUAGGCUCUCCUUCCUCAAAGAGCCCAGAGGUGCAGCAGCUCCGUUCAGCUCUCAUCCAGCCACUCUCGGUCCCUGCGCAACGGGUUCAGAGUCCUGUUUCCUCCCUGUGUGGACAAGAUGGACUUGCUGCCUCACCGCCAGUCUACACUAAGGCCCUGCAAGACAUCACUGCUUUGGAAGGCCAGGUGGUGGUGCUAGAGUGCAGAGUCAAAGGCACCCCACCCCUGAGAGUACAGUGGCUCAGGCAAGGAGAGGAGAUCGAGGAUUCGCCAGACUUUAGGAUUCUGCAGAAAAAGCCCCGAUCUGCAGCCGAACCUGAAGAGAUUUGUACGCUGGUGAUCGCAGAAACCUUUCCUGAGGAUGGAGGAACUUUCAGUUGCAUGACCAGCAAUCAGUAUGGAUCAGUGACCAGCACCGCUCAGCUGACUGUCUGCCCAAUUCUUGAAGAGACCACUAGCAAUGAUGUUUCUGCUGAGGCUGGCGUUUCCGAAGACCAGUCAUUUCCCCCUCCGCCACCUGCCACUGAAAUCAGUUUCCUGGAUCUACCCCCAAAAAAGCCUGGCAAUGAGAACGUCCAUGUGAACGAGUUGGAGAUCUGGCCGAGUGUGACCGCUCUUCAGCUGCAACUGAGUCCCAGCCAGGUGAACGGAGCUGUCAAUGGCCAGACCAGCAAUGGGCAGCCUGCACCUCUCCCACCACCAUCAAACCUCCUCUCCCCAGUCAAGGAGCCCCCUCCACUGCCUACUAAGCCAAAGCUUGACCCAGAGAAGCUGAAGCAACUGCAGAACCAGAUUCUGUUGGAACAGCAAGAGUCUGCUCUCUGGGAGCAGCAAGGCAUCCCCCCACAACAGCAACAGGCACCACCCCCCUCUCCACCUCUCCCGCCUCCACCCUCCUUCCAGGAACUCCAAAGCAGUCAGCAGGCCCCAGACCAGAUGAGCCUUCUCAACUCCCACAGCCCCUCCAGCACCAUGCAGACCAGCAGCACCUUCAACUAUGUGCGGCCCAAGCAGUUCAUUGCCGCCCAGAAUGUUGUGGGCCCUUCUUCGGGGUACCGAUCCCCUUCCUCUGGCUCCUCGUGCUCGAGCCUCCCCUCCCCUCUCUCUUCCCCAACCCCUCACAAGCAGUUCAACAAAGUGAGCCUUCCCCACUUCCAGCAGCAGACCUCCAGUGAGAAUGAGUCCCUGGCCUCCCCGACCUCACCUUCCUUCCCUCCCCCUCCUCCCCCCUUCUUGAGUCCAACAACCUCCUUUGCCCCUCAGGACAACUUCCCUUUGCCCCCACCACCCCCUCCCUUGCCUCUCUCAGGUCCCCCACCUCCUCCACCCCAGUUCCCCCCCUCAGUGGGUACGAACUCCCCGCGGUCGGGACAGCAAUCCCCAGCCGGCUUCCUCAGCACCAUCCUGCCCUUGCAGCCAUCCCCAACACAACCUGUCAACGCUCUGGGACUCCCCAAAGGAAGUACCCCUAUUGGAUUUCCAAGGAAGAGUGCUAGAUCCGCACGGAUAGCCUCAGAUUCGGAGAUUCAGGGCACCAAGGAUGCCGUCAUUCAGGAUCUAGAGAGAAAACUACGCUUUAAAGAGGAGCGUAUGAGCAACGGACAACAGAGGCUGACGUAUGAAGAAAAGAUGGCCCGUCGGCUGCUGGGUGCUGACAAUGCUGCUACUGUCUUUAAUGUCCAGGAGACAGAGGAGGAGCCCAGCACACAGGAGUACAAGGUGUCAAGCUUCGAGCAACGCCUGAUCAGUGAGAUUGAGUUCCGACUGGAGCGCUCACCCGUGGAGGAGUCUGACGACGAGGUGCAGCAUGAGGAGGGGGAGGUGCCCGGCGAGAGGGUGCCACCUUUCUUUGACCACAAAAUCAAACACUACAAGGUCUUUGAGGGCAUGCCCGUCACCUUUACCUGCAAAGUCAUUGGAGAUCCCAAGCCGAAGAUCUACUGGUUUAAAGACGGGAAGCAGAUCUCCAAGGGGAGUGAGCAUUACAGGAGUAGCAGGGAGCCAGACGGGACAUGCUCGCUACACAUUGAAGUUACUUCCCUCGACGAUGAUGGGAACUACACCAUCAUGACAUCUAAUCCUGGGGGCAGGACAAGCUGUACAGGAAGGUUGAUGGUGCAGGCUGUGAAUCAGAGAGGCCGGACUCAACGAUCACCUCCAGGUCACAUUAGGAGACCCCGAUCCCGUUCCCGAGACAGCGGGGAUGAAAAUGAUACAAUCCAGGAGCGCCACUUCAGGCCACAUUUUCUGCAGGCGCCCGGAGACUUGAUUGUCCAGGAGGGGAAGCUCUGCAGGAUGGACUGCAAGGUAAGUGGGUUGCCAACACCGGAUCUCAUUUGGCAGCUGAAUGGCAAGACCAUCCGCCCCGACAGCUCUCACAAGAUGCUGGUGCGAGAGAAUGGAGUGCACUCCCUCAUCAUCGAGCCAGUCACGGCUGGAGACGCAGGGAUCUACACCUGCAUAGCCAGCAACCGAGCCGGAGAGAACUCCUUCAGCUUGGAGCUCAUUGUGGCAGCGAAAGAGAUGCACAAAGCCCCGGCCUUCAUAGAGAAGCUCCAGAACACCGGCGUGGCGGAGGGGUACCCCGUGCGAUUGGAGUGCCGUGUGUCUGGGGUGCCGUACCCCCAGAUCUUCUGGAAGAAGGAAAACGAAUCCCUCACUCACAACACUGACAGGGUCAGCAUGCACCACGACAACUACGGCUACAUCUGCAUGAUAAUCCAGCCAGCUACCAAGGAAGAUGCUGGCUGGUACACGGUGUCUGCCAAGAAUGAAGCUGGCAUCGUAUCGAGCACUGCCAGGCUUGAUGUCUAUACUCAGUGGCAACAGCAAUCACACACCCCCAAGCCAAAGAAGGUGCGUCCCUCAACCAGUCGAUACGCAGCACUCACUGAAAAAGGUCUGGAUGUCAAGGCAGCUUUCUUCCCAGAAGCCAGCCCAGUCCAUCUGCUGACACAGCCAGAGCUGGUGGAGAGCGACGACCUCUAGACAGGGAUGCAGUGACGUCUACCUGGCACUACCAUCCUACUAUGCCAGCCUGCCCUUGUGGAACCAAAAUUAAAAGAUGUCGAAGAUGUCACACUAUCAAUGAUAUAGAGAAUCUUGGCCCUUGCAAGAGCUUGCAGUUUCUGUAUUCACUAUCAGCUCUUAGUUGGAUAUGCUGGCAUACAGAGUUUGGACUGUUAACCUAUUGCACAGGUUUUAAUAACCUUUUACUUGCACCAGUUUUUUUUUUGUUUGUUUUUUUUUAAGAUACUCUGCUACUUAGUAGCUCCAGUAUAUUCUGAAAAUAUAUGCAUAUUAAUGUUAAACAAUAUUUUAUAUUAUUUGAAUAUGAUACUAAGUGCCAGGCUUAGCCAUGCAUAUUUCCUGUUUAGAAAAAAAAAAAAUGUUGCAGCCUUUCUAACCACCUGUAAAAAGUGGUUAGGAUACGUUAAGAAAAGCAGCGAAAUGGGGUAAACAGAAGUGCUACACUAUUUAAGCACAUUACCUAUAGUUGUGACCCAGUUAGAAGGAUCAAAGGGUACAAAUAAGCAGACCUUAUUCACUAAAGAAAAAGGUGUGGUUACUUUACAAACAAUUGCCAUUGGAGACUUCAGGCUGUUGUAAGUGCUCCAGAUUUACAUGGUAGUUAUUUUUUUGUUUAUCAAAAGCAGUAUCUAGAUAUGCAUGUUAAAUGGGUGCCAAUCUUUUUUUGUAUUACUAGAGGGCUUCUUCAGUAUUCACAAUAUAGACGAAUUGUGUCUAAAUUGUAUAUACAGGGUUUUGGUGAAAGGUUGAUGUAACAGCAAAAACAGCAGUACCAACUAGAUGACUUUGAAACUACAUUAUCUCCAGAGUGCCUCUGUAACACAAGGAUAAUAAUGAAAUAUUUUACAUGGUAUUCUGCAAUAUACCCCAUCCAGACCUUCAGCUUUGGUAGAGUCCAUGCGAACUACCUAAUCAACAAAGUAUUCUUCUUUUUUUUAUUUACUGCCGUAAA